AUGCUGAGGCUUAGGUCGGAAGGUGCAUCCAACGAGCUCGGCAGGUGCUUUGAGAACAGCGUCGUGUCGUGUCGUGUCGCCAGCGAAGACCACUUGUCAACAGCACCCGACAAGACAACUUCGGCACACCGCCCGCCAUUGCACGCCUUCUUGGUCCUGCUCAGCAACAGUGCCAGACUCCUUGGCGCCCAAGGUGGCCUUGCCUUGUGUCGACACGACCCCAGCCUCACGCCUCUCCUCGUCCCCUCCCCUCCCUCAAUGGCUUCGCGCUCCCGCGGCACUUCACGACCACAGCCCCCAAUCUUCUCCUUUGCACUUCACCCCACCGGAGACGACGACGACAACGACGAUAGCCACAGCAGCAGCGGCGAGAGCAGCAGCGACCACCACCACCACCACCACCACGACUCCGACUGGCACGCCCUAGACAAAGACCCAGCACAUCACCACCAAGACCGCCCCGACCGCGACGCCCGCGCUGCUUCUCCCUUCCUCACACCGAGCCCCCCGUCAAGCUUUUUGCUCGUACCUGGCCGUCAAUCGCCUGCUCAGAGAUUCCUCUCCCCGCCACCCCAAGGACGAACACCAGACAUGUCCACCACUUCCUCGGGGGGGUUUGACGGGAGCUCGCGCGAUGCUACAGCCCCCAUGGAUAUCCCAGGCGCCGGGGCUGGCGCCUCCAAUCCCUUCAACUUCCAGACGCAGGUCAUCUCGACCUCGCCAGUAAAGCCCGCUGUUGGUCAGCGUCGCGGCCACAAAUACAAGCACUCGAGCAUCAGUGCGCAGCAUCAGAUCUUCCAGGAGCCCCGGCACCGUGCUCCUCUUGCACUCCCCCGCGAUCUACCCGUGCCUACCACAAAGGAGGCCUGGAAGUCCAUGUCCAAGGACCAGCGGCGCCGCCUGUACUGGUGCUUCUGCCAUCUGCUCGUGGCCGUCUUUGUCUUUCUUCAUGCGCACGGCUCGCUCGCAAUGACGGCUCUUUCUCACCUGGUCUUCUUCGACGCAGGUUCGGCCCUAAUCUGCGUGGGCGUCGACGUCCUUGGCAAUUUCGAGGUGUGGAAGCGCAGCAGUAUCCGGCAUCCUUUUGGAUUGGAACGCGCAGAGGUGCUUGCGGGUUUCGCUAUGAGCGUGUUCCUCAUUUUCGGUGGCUUUGACCUCGUGAGCCAUAACGUCAAACAUGUCAUGGAAGGCCAAGGCGGCCAUGAGGCGCAUCAUCCGGAUCCUCAUGACGCGCAUGACCACACAGAGUCCGGGGCUGCUCUUGGUCGGCUGAAUCUCGCCAGUAUCGCUGUCAUGGCGGCGACCUUGGUGAGCGCGUUUGGGCUCAAGAACCAUGCUCGUAUCAGCAAGUUCAUGCGUCUCAGCUACCUUGCGAGCCUGCCCAGCGUACUCUCAAAUCCCUUUCACUUCCUGACCUUGUCCACAUCGGGCCUUAUGCUCAUUCUGCCACUACUGUCCAUCAACAUCAACAUUUACAUCGACAGCGGCUUGUGUGCCAUUGUUGCUGUGGCAAUGUUUGCCCUUGGCUUCCAGCUUGCCGCCGCCCAGGGGCUGAUGCUGCUCAUGAGCUACGGCGGCAAAGCAGGGACGGACGGGUCUGGAGACGUGACCGUCUCCGAUGUCCUACGCGAGAUCGAGGCCGAGAGCGCGGUCGAGCGGGUGGAGGAAGCCCAGUUCUGGCAGGUGCACUACGGACUGUGCAUGGCCAACCUCAAACUGUGCGUCGCAAAGGGGGCUGACGAGGCCACUCUUAGCAGGCUGCGGAUGCGCGUCGCGACAUUGAUCCAGAAUCGUCUUGGCGAAGGAUACGGCAAGGGCGGGAGUCUGCGCUGGGAAAACUGGAUAGCACAUCAUCGUUCUGGUAUCAGAGCCAUGAUCGGUGGAAACUUUUGGCAAGAGCACAUGGCUCAAAUCCUGCAUGUAUCAAAAAGAGGCCGCAUGGAAAUCACAACCGGCACUGAGGUGUACUAA